AAGUCAGUCUACUUUCACCUGUCACAGCAUGUCCGGCAUAUUCAUAUUUCUGUGUCUUCCCAUAUCCGGUUUCCGUAUACGAUCCAGUGCCAUGUGUGUCCUUUAACAGCAAUCGCAAUACCACAAAAUAUUGCUUGCAAUCAUAUAUCCCGUUGUCCAUAGCCGUAACACGUGUCUGUGUUCCUUUCCGUGGGCAAGUUCCCAGCCUGCCCGAAGAUGUUGAAAGCAGACAAUCAAUGCCACACCUCAUCCAAACAUCCAUCAUUAACCAAAGCGGUCAUCAAUCGUCAGAAGAGCAGCAACCGGCCACCUCCGCCUCCGUGUCCCAAGCCAAAGAGAAGCCACAUCCUGGAAAUGCACGAUAUAUUCCUAAAGCACGACAGCCGUGGGGACAACAAGAUCGCCGUUGGCUCUCUGGGUGACUGCCUUAGGGCAAUGGGCGCCAAUCCCAGCCAGCAGGUGAUUAAGAAGCACAUCAGCCUACUGGAGACUGGCACCAUUCGGCGCAUCUCCUUCGACGAGGUCAUGGCCAUAUACAGCAGCCUUGGCAAAUGUGCAACCAAGCCGAGUGCACGCAGGAGACAGGCCCAGGAAGAUGAGUUCACAUUCAGUCUGCGGCUCUACGAUGUCGACAACUCCGGUUACAUGCCAGCAUCAAGGCUCCGGCGUAUCCUUACACGCUGCGAGGAUUGCAUGACCGAAGCCGAGGUGAACGAACUGCUAGCGGGAAGGAUCGAUGCCCAUGGUAUGGUUAACUACGGACAACUGAUCCACGACAUUGUCAACGGUUAGUUAUGGAGCAGAACCAGCAAAUGAGGAAGAGCGAAGCCCAGAAAACAAAGACUUGGUUGGCAGGUGAAAGUUAAAUGUUAAUAAAUGUUUGUAAAAUCCCCGAAAGGGCAAA